CUCUGGGGUCAGGAACUUUGUCAGCUGGUAUUAUCCGUCCACGGUUGAUUGUUGCCAUGCAGUCUUUCUUGCAACUCUUAAGACGCUUCGUUGUCAAUCUCCAUGUUGUUGAACGAUCCUCUCCAGUCUCGAAUGUCCUUAUUGAAUCUCGUCUCCGUUGUCAGCAGCUGGAGCCCGUCAAUCGUCAGCAUCCAGUCCACGCCGCGUACUUCGAUACCCUGGUGGCAGCCGAAGAAGGACUGUAGGAUCAACCUGAGCCCAGUGGGCCUAAGUCAACCGCUCGGCGGCCUUGCAGCUUACAGGCGUUAAUCUGAAUCAUGAAAUCUGCUCCUAUCAAUCGGUUGGCACUUGUGUCACUCCUGGUCCUCGUCGCUGGGCCCGCCUUUACCCAACAGCAGAUUGUUGGCUAUGGCAGAUAUCCCUACGAUCCGCUUUGUGCGGAGAGCUGCCUCCGGUCCUUCACAUCGUAUAAGCUAGAAUGCUCCAAGGACGAGGGAGCCACUCAUGCUCAUGAUCCGUCAAUGAUGGCAACAGGUCCUGACUGCUUCGCUCAAGACACACCUUUUCUGACCUCCGUUGCCUGGUGCCUGAGCUCCAAGUGCGCCGAAUACGGCAUUGCCACCUCUAAGCUCGAAUACUACUGGGAGCAGACUGUUACUGGGAGCAGCGCGGUUCCUCCGAAAUGGUCUUACCAGGUUGCCCUCGCGAAUGUCGACCCUCGGCCGCCCACGUACCAGCUAUCUCCGUCCGACACUCAUCUCAACCGCACCUCGCUCGUUGUGCAGGAUUCUUACCAGAUGCAAUGGAACACCCUGGGCAGGGUGUAUGAAGAGAGCGUCACCGAGUCCAAGUUCAGUAUCGCCAUAAUCGUCACGGCUGUUGGGAUUCCGCUGCUGCUUGCAGUGCUGAACUAUCUGCCCUUUGGGAAGACCAUCCAAGACCGGGCCAAACCGUACCUCGUUUAUCCAAGCCUCAUUGGCACGUACCAAGUACGGCCCCUACCAUUCCUUCUGGGCAACGGUCCCACGGUCGGUCAGAGCAUCUAUAUCGCCAUCUUCGUCUCCCUGAAUGUGAUUGGGGCCGCAGUCGAAUAUCAGACCCGGCAACCGAGCGCAUGGUUUUCGAGUCAGUGGUCGGAACUGUCAGCCUACAUUCUAUAUCGCACUGGCGCCUUGGCUUGUAUGGUCCUUCCUAUCAUCCUCCUUUUCUCAUCGAGGAAUAACAUUCUCCUGUGGUUCUCCGACUGGUCGCACUCAACCUAUCUCCUCCUGCACCGCUGGGUCGCCCGCGUGUUUAUGCUUUACGUUGUCGUCCACUCCAUCAUCGGCCUGCAGGUCUACGCCCACAACGCAAACACAACGUGGUGGAUAUGGGGCGCCGUCGCCACCAUGGCAACUGUCCUCCUUACUUUGGUCAGUGGCCUGUACAUCCGAAAGCCGCAGUACGAGCUCUUUCUGAUCUCGCACAUCCUUCUGGCCGUCUUCGUCAUCGUCGGGACCUGGUACCACAUCAUCCUCUGGUACGCGAGCAUGGGCAUGUACCUUCCCAACCUGUGGGGUUACGAGAUCUGGCUCUACCUUGGGAUGGUGCUCUGGUUCUUUGACCGGCUCAUGCGCGUGGUGCGCGUGUUCAAGAGCGGCGUCCGCAGGGCAAAGGUGACGGAUAUGGGCAAGGGCUACGUUCGAGUCGACAUUCCCGGCAUCCGCUGGGGCUCCGACCCGGGCCGGCACGUAUAUGUCUACUUCCCGACGCUGAUCCCGCUGCGCCCGUGGGAGAACCACCCGUUUUCCGUCAUCCCGACAUACAUGCUUCAGCAGGCAGGUGGGAACAGCAACGAUACCGGCAGCCCAUGUCCUCGGGACGAUGACGAGAAGCAGCUCGCUAAAGCACAGGUGAAGAGCGCUCUGAGUAGGAACGUCGGGACCGGAAUUACACUCUAUAUCAAAAAGUCGAUGGGUAUUACGAAGCACCUGCGUUCUCACGGCGGCCUGGUCACGCUCCUCGAAGGGCCUUAUUCGAACAAUACCAGGCGGGACGUGCUGCGCUGCGAUCGAGUUCUUCUAAUAGCAGGCGGUAUCGGCAUUACCGGCGUGUUGCCGUGGGCGUACAAUCAUUGGAACACAAAGCUGGUUUGGAGUGUUGCGGAAUCGGCACGCUGCCUGGUUGACGGAGUGGAUUUGAAUGGCGUUGCGACUAAAGAAGUCAGAAUUGGCCGACGGUUCAAUGCUAGAGAUCUGAUUGCCGAGGAGGAGGAUGCCGGAUGGAGCCGCAUCGGCGUCGUUGUCGCCGGGCCGGGUGGGCUUUGUGACGAUGUUAGGGCCGCGGUUGCUGCCGCUGGCAGAAGGGGCAGGGCUGUUUUUGAGCUUGAGGUUGACGCGUAUUCAUGGUAAUGAUACAAUCCCAGCGCCCACGUUUGGAUAUAUAAGGCACGGGCAGUAUUAUAGUCGUCGGAUAUCUAUGAGCUUUGAUGUCUUUAAUCGUUUGAUGACGAGUCAAGCCUGUUAGUGUUAAGGUUAGGGAUCCCGGCAUAGGUACUGUACACAAACCCCCGUGGCCGUGGGGUACUUGCCUAUCCCGAGGAGACUUUACGGCAGCGUUUUGGCGGAAGUGUGCCAAAACUAAAAAACCAC